ACAUUUUCCUUCUUCCCCUCCUUAUCCAAUCCCACUCUUUCUCCCAUGAACUACAAGCUGCAAAACCCACCAAAAACCUCCACCAAUGGCUUCUCAAAAUCCAAAUCUCGAAUCCUAGAAUACCCUGUUUUAAAAAAAUUAACUUCAUCUAGUAAUUGAAAUCAUUUUCAAAACUUCCAAUACCCAUGGAUCUUUCAUCCCCACUUAAACAUCUCAACUCACUAUCACCAUCUGAUUUCUCAUUCUCUUCUUCUCUAUCACCAUUUUCUUUUUUCAAAAACCCUAAUUCAAGAAAACCCAUCUCUCAAAGCUCACGUAUUUUUGCUGUCACAAUAAACCCUUCAGAACUUCCAAGGAGUAGUCCUCAAAGACUUCUUAAAGAACUAAAUGAACGUAAAAAAACUGCUUUCCCAAAGAAGAAGAUUCCACCUAAAAGAUUUAUUCUUAAACCUCCAUUAGAUGAUGCAAAAUUAGCUGACAGAUUUCUAAAUAGUCCACAAAUGUCUCUUAAAGCAUUCCCUUUGUUAAGUUCUUGUUUGCCUUCUAAUCGUCUCAAUACUGGUGAUAAAACUUGGAUUGAUGAAUAUCUUCUUGAAGCUAAACAAGCUCUAGGUUAUCCGCUUGAACCAACUGAGCUGUUAGGUGAUGAUAAUCCAGCUAAACAAUUUGAUACAUUGUUAUAUUUAGCUUUUCAACAUCCUUCUUGUGAGAGAACAAAUGUUAGACAUAUUAGGUCAGGGCAUUCAAGGUUAUGGUUUUUAGGUCAAUAUGUACUUGAAUUGGCGCUUGCGGAAUUUUUUCUGCAGAGAUAUCCAAGAGAAUCACCAGCUCCAAUGAGGGAAAGAGUGUUUGGAUUAAUUGGAAAGAGAUAUUUACCUAAGUGGAUUAAAGCUGCUAGCUUGCAUAAUUUGGUGUUUCCGUUUGAUGAUAUGGAUAAGUUGAUCAGAAAAGAUAGGGAACCGCCUGUCAAGUCUGUCUUCUGGGCUCUAUUUGGAGCGAUAUACCUUUGCUUUGGCAUGCCAGAAGUAUAUCGUGUUCUUUUUGAGGUAUUUGGAAUGGACCCAGAUGAUGAGAGUUGCCAACCGAAACUGCGGAGGCAACUUGAAGAUGUUGACUAUGUUUCGGUCGAAUUUGAAGGCAACAAGCUCAGUUGGCAAGAUGUUGCUGUCUACAAGCCUCCAGAAGAUACACUUUUUGCACACCCCAGACUUUUUAGAGCAUGUGUUCCCCCUGGGAUGCAUCGAUUCAGAGGUAAUAUCUGGGAUUAUGAGAGUAGACCCCAAGUCAUGCAAGCACUGGGAUACCCCUUGCGGAUGACUGAUCGAAUUCCAGAAAUUACGGAUGCCAGGAAUAUUGAACUUGGACUCGGCCUACAGCUAUGCUUCAUGCACCCAUCAAAAUACAAGUUCGACCAUCCUCGGUUUUGCUUUGAACGGUUGGAAUAUGUUGGUCAAAAAAUUCAGGAUCUUGUGAUGGCAGAGAGGUUGCUGAUGAAGCAUAUUGAUGCCCCUGGAAGAUGGUUACAAGAGAAGCAUCGACGACUUCUACUAAACAAAUUUUGUGGAAGGUACUUGAGAGACAAACACCUCCACCGCUUCAUUCUCUAUGGUGAAUCAGUCCAGGAUUCAUACGAACACAACCGGAGACUCAGGAAUCCGGCCACAACUGCAGUUCAACAAGCCAUUCAUGGGCUUUCUUACACUGUUUAUGGGAAGCCAGAUGUGAGACGCCUUAUGUUCGAAGUUUUCGACUUUGAGCAGAUCCAACCAAAAGCAGUAUAAAUGAAUCACAUGUCCUCACGUAAAUGAGUGAAUCCUUUUUGUCUCCCAAUAGUCACAAGUUGAGUUUCAUCGGUUAUAUUAUACAUUGUGGUUUUGGUAUAUGUUGUAUUGCGUAUAUCCGAUAUGAUAAAAUAUGAAAGCUGGUGUAUAUCUUCUUCUUCUUGUUAUAAAUAGUUGUAUAUCAGACUCUACUAAUGUAAAGUAGUGGAGUGUUUUUUGUUGAGCAUAGGUUAUUCAACAAAAGCA